AGCAACCGGUUCGACCGAGCCGGUCAACCCAGUCCACGCCCCGCGUCGUCCUCCCCUUCUCUUCCUCGCUCUUGCGACCGAAAUCGCCGCCGCCGUCGCCGCCCAACCCCGGCCGCCUCCGGUGGUUUCUGCCGCCGUCGCCUAGCGCGAACGACGCACCUAGCCGCACUUUAUCAUCUCCUCCUCUUAGAUUUUCCGGGCGCCUCCUCGUGCGGCUGUGCCCUACCCCGCAUGGGAGCUAGGGUUUGCGCCCCUCGUCGGAGUUGAACUCCGGCGGCCGUCCUGGUGCUCGGGUGGUCAUGGUCGCCGCCCCCGCCCCCGCCCUAACCGCCGCGGACGCGAGGCAGGCCGCGGCGAGGAAGGAGGAGGAGGACGACGAGGAGGUCGUCUGCUUCAUCUGCUUCGACGGGGGAGACCUCGUCGUCUGCGAUUGGAGGUGCGACGCCGCAGUGCGCGACUUCUUCCACGCCUGGAUGGUCAUUGAGCGCGCCCCUCCUGAUUGCAGUCAGUGCCGCCGCCGUCUCCAAGCUGCAGAGUCCCGUUCCUUUCCGCCCGUGCGUUUCCUCAGCUUGCCACACAUGCUGCCAUCUGAAAAAGCAUUUUAUGCUGCUGUAUCUUCCCUUGGCAUCUACAGCAAAGAUGUUUACGAUGGGAAGGGGCUAUUUAGCGCCGCUCGUGUUUGGUGGAUGUUUCGUGCUUAUGGACAUGACAAAGUCUGGGUUUUGGAUGGAGGUUUGCCCCAGUGGCGUGCUUCUGGGUAUGGCGUGGAAUCAAGUGCCUCCAGCGAUGCUAUCUUAAAAGCUAGUGCUGCUAGUGAAGCAAUCGAGAAGGUUUACCAGGGGCAGUCGUCUGUCAUGGUUUGCUGAAGAAUGUUCUUUUGACAUCAUUGUUUUUCUAUACUGAGCUGAAGCUUGCUGCUUCCAGGACAUGGAUAGAGGAGAUUAUUUUGAAUUAAGUUUGGGCAAAAAAGACCUGGACAGAUCAAAGAAAUACAUCCAGACGUUGCAGGCAUGACCAUAUUCCAUUGCUAUUACUAUAUUUGUAUCAGUACCCCGAUAUUAGUAUGUGGUUCAUUUUCCACAUUUGAUAUUAGUAGCCUGAGAAAUAAUAUAUUGGAAAAACUUAAAUUUAUUGGAAAAACAUUUGCUGUUGGACAGUUAUGAUUUUUAGUGUCUACGCUGAUGGUUUCAUAUUCAGUUGUUGUGAUGAUGAUAAUUGUUAUGAUUUAGUCAUUUACAAUGAUCUGUAGCUGCUGUAGUGGAUUAUUACAUGAUUGUGGACCAUGAUAUGCUCAGUUUUACACAUGUAAAAUAUAGAUUUCCCAGUGGCAUGUGUAUUGAGAUGCCUUACUUGUUCGUCUAUUGAUUACUUGGUUAUUUGUGACUUCUGCUGCUCUAGUGCUUGCUUUAGAUGAUCUGAUUUUCAAUAAGUGCAUGUUAUAACACUAAAAACAUUAUGAUCAUCAAAGUAGUGUACUCUCUUGCCAAGUAUUUCUCAGUACAGGAGUUCAGUUAGUGAUAUUGCUCUGUUAAUUCACAACUACAUGAGGUACCAUAUAACUUGAGAAAUCCUCAACUCUGAUCCUAGCUGCAACUACUUCACAAAGUUGGGACUGAAACCAACUUUCUGUUAAUUCACAAAGUUGUCUAUUUUCUCUUUCUAUUCUGAUCUUUCUGUUAAAGUGUUAUUGUAUUUACUAUGCACAUCGGGGCCAAGAGGCUGUCUACAAGCCUAGAACUCGAGUGUAACUUGCUUCUUGUCAAGCUUAUUUUCUUUCAGAGUUAAAUUGCGUUAAAUAUUUCUUCUGGCCAUUAAUUUUCUUGUCGAGCUGUCGCGUGUGGAGGAGCAGGCGAGCUGCUGCUGCUGGAGAUCAUGUGCUCCUGCUAGAUCUUCAUUGUUAGGUCGAAACUGAAUGUUGGUGUGGUUGAUUUUGAUUUGAAUUGUAAACGGAAUGUCGUGGUUGAUUUGAAAUCUAAAUUGAAAUGUACUGUUUAUAGCUGUUGUACUAUCUGUGUAAAAGCAUGGCUGUAAUGGAUUUGUAUUGGAAAUGGUGCAUGAAAAGUGCCUCUAAUAUAACUAUAGUAGGCACUAUUGAAUUUGUCUUAGAAGGAAUAGAGGCAAUAUUAAUAGUGCC